AUGAUCCACGGCAUCUUGCGUCUAUGCCUGUCUACGUCAGAACCUGAGCCACAUCUCACGAUUCUCGCGAAUUUUCACUACAAGGAAUACUGCCCCGAACCGACCAUUGCGGCCUCUCUUACCCCAACCUCAGACACAGCCAGGUCACGUGCACUCAGGGAUAUCGACAUCAACAUCAACGGCCGAGUCCAACCGGUCUACUUCCUCGACUUCGUCGUCUUCUAUGCCAGGGAAGAAGACAUACGCGGCAUGCCAGAACUGCAGACUGCGACGGACAAAGUAGCCGAAACACACGGGCAAGCGCGGAAACGGCAGCUCGGGGAGAUUCGAACCCGUAAUCAGGCAUACGAACAGCUUUACUACCUGAUUCAAACCUGGCCGCUACACCAGGCUACAGACAUCUUCGACUGCAUCCGCACCGGCGCGGGCGCCGAAGCCGUGCUCCGCCAAGUCCGCGAUGGCGACCUCCUCCUACAGCUCUCCCUCCGACCCAACCUCCACAUGCAGUACGAGUUACCGUACAAGUUUGAUAUUUCGUUUCUCUUCGACUAUCCCCGAAAUCCGUACGUGGAGUCUACACUGUUCAAGUCGACCUUCGGCCUAGGACCCAAGGGCUCCAGCACAACGACAGAACCGAGACCAGAGGCGGGGGUGGACAGCAUGGAUGGUGUUGUAUCCACUGAACAGGGAGAACCGAGUCGCCCCGAGGGCCAAGACGCAGUGCCGGAAUGGACAGCCGCCUACCACACUCCCUUUAGCGCCGCGGAGAUGGUAGACCAUCGAAUCGACUCUGCCGACGUCGCGCGAUGGACGUCGGUACAUUCCGACAACUUUUUCCUCCGAAAGCUUCUCAAGCUGUAUUUUCUACAAGAGUACCCCUUCUUCAGCCCUUUCCACAGAGAUCACAUGCUGGAUGAUAUGGUCGCGGGACAGGAUCGCUUUUGCUCAUCUCUCUUGAUCAACUCUACCUUGGCCAAUGCUUGUCACGCACUUGCUACCAUCGAGCACCGUUCCGAGUUUUGGAACCCCCGAAAUCCUGGCUACCAGUUCCUUAACGAGGCCCGUAGACUCUGGGAACUCGAAAGUGACCGGGCCAGGAUAACCACCAUGCAGGCAGGUUGCAUCCUAGCCAUCACAUUCUACGUGAAUGGGAUCGACAAGCUCGGAAACACAUAUAUGCUCCAAUCCAUCGAACUCGCCAAGCGGAAGGGACUAUUUUCCACCCCCCACCUGCAGAUGACGGACCGAAAAACGCGAGAGGUGAAAUUACAAACUGCCUGGGCUCUCUAUACAUUGCAAGGAUUCUUCCAGUUUCACUUCCUCAGACAACCGUACCUUGACACCGCACCACGGGAUCCCCUACCGGAGGGAGAUGAGGCGAAGAGAUUCUACGGAGAAAUUCACGUCAAGUAUCCGCUCGGUCAAGGCCUGGUGCCAUUAUACCUUGGCCCUACCUGCGUUGCCAAUGCGGAGAUCAGGCUCAUCAUGAACGAAAUCGCACGGGCGGUCUUCACGUCGUGCGGCAACGCAUGUCUGACGGUGGACCAGGCUGUCGAAUUCCAUGCGCAACUCACAGACUGGUAUGACCGGCUUCCUGAACCUCUCACGGCACACCAUAUUGUCCUACCAACUCAUCUCCUAAUGCACAUGCAAUACCAUACCAUUCUCAUGAUCCUCUUCAGGUCCCUCAUCGGAGUCGGGGCCGUAAGAGACCAGCACCCGGGAUUCCCCGAUCCGGAAGACAUCGUCAUGCACUCCGAAGUCUGCGUAGAGACGCUCGUACACCUCUUCUACCGCCGCCACGGCUUCGAAUGCUACUCCCCUUUCCUCCUCUACGUCCUUUCCCAAGUCGCCCUCACCAUGCUCCGGCGCCUGUCUCUCCCCAACCUGCCGCCCCCAUCCCGCGACGCCGCGUGGGGCACGUUCGUCCUUUGCGCCAGAGCAAAGCGCCAUGCUCGACUAUGGAGAUAA